AUGUUGGCUUUAGAAAUGGUUCGAGAUGGGUUGCUGGUUCCAGUGGAGAGCACCCAAACUUCAGCUCAAUCCUCUGCUGCUAAGAAAAAGACUGCAGCUUUGAGAAGCUGGAUUUCGCUGGACCAAGAUGGGCAAGGAACCGUAUUGGAUUUGGACAAGUACGCCAUUAUCCGCCGAGUUCAAAUUCACGCUAGAGAUCUUCGGCUUCUUGAUCCCUUGUUAUCAUAUCCUUCUACCAUCUUGGGUAGAGAGAAAGUGAUUGUUCUCAAUUUGGAGCACAUUAAAGCUAUAAUCACAGCAGACGAGGUAUUGCUUAGAGACCCUUUUGAUGAUAAUGUACUGCCUAUUGUUGAGGAACUUCAAAGACGUUUGCCUCUAGUAAGUGCCAAUUUCCAAGGCCAAGGAGAAGAUGAAGAAACCUCAGGGGUACAGAAAGAUGUUGAAACCGAUGAACUCAAAUUUCCAUUUGAAUUUCGGGCAUUAGAAGUUGCACUAGAAGGUAUUUGUAGUUUUCUUGAUGCGCGCACAAGAGAACUAGAGACUGAUGCUUAUCCGGCUUUAGAUGAGCUGACUUCCAAGAUUAGCAGUCGGAAUUUGGAUCGGGUGCGUAAAUUGAAGAGUGCAAUGACCAGGUUGACAAAUCGGGUUCAAAAGGUAAGAGAUGAACUCGAACAACUUCUUGACGACGACGAUGACAUGGCCGACCUUUACUUGUCAAGAAAGCUGGUUGGGACUUCACCUUUCAGUGACUCAGGUGCUCCAAAUUGGUCGCUGGCCUCACCUACCAUAACUAUAGGCUCAAGGGUGUCCAAAACAAGCAGGGCAAGUGCAGCAACGACAGCCGAGGAGAAUGAUGUUGAGGAACUUGAGAUGUUGCUUGAGGCUUACUUUAUGCAAAUUGAAAGCACAUUGAAUAAAUUGACCACGCUCCGUGAAUACAUUGAUGACACAGAGGAUUACAUUAAUAUCCAGCUUGACAAUCAUCGAAAUCAGCUAAUUCAGCUAGAGCUGUUCCUAAGUUCUGGAACUGUUUGUUUGUCUGUAUAUUCUCUGGUGGCUGCAAUAUUUGGCAUGAACAUCCCAUAUACAUGGAAGGAAGGUCAUGGCUACGUAUUCAAAUGGGUGAUCAUCGUCACGGGGGUAGUUUGCGCCUCUCUUUUCUUGUUCAUAAUCUCGUAUGCUCGGCACAAAGGUCUUGUUGGAUCUUGA